CAGAUACCACAAUGCCAGUCACCGAAAUUGCCCUCCUGCGCCUUAGAGCCGAAGAACCCUCCCCCAUAACAAAGACGAAUCUCAUCCAAGCUCAGCAUGCGCAAAGCGAGUACUCAAAGUACCCGGCGCGCUUCUUCCGCCAGAUAGAGGACCCCCAAUGCUUUUAUAUCACUGGAGGGUGGGAAUCUGUUGCUGUCCAUACUGGAGACUGGAUUACGUCUGAGACGAAUCUGGCGAAUCUGGGACGGUUGAAGGAUGAUGUUGAUGUUGAGUGGAUGUUUCAUUUGGAUAUGGAUCCUGCUACCUCUUCUAUCCCAUUUGACGCACCUGUCAUUGCUAUAAGCAGGUAUUUUGUCGCGGCAAGUAACAAGAAUGAAUAUGAGGCCAUGUUCAAAAAAGGGAUACCUCACCUUGGAGCGUAUACGGCGCCAUUCUCAUACGCUGGUGGGUGGAGGAUUGACAAGGAAGGGGAAGAUGAGGAAUAUGUGCUGUUCAGCGGGUGGAAUAAGGUGGAGGAUCACUUUGGAUUCGCCGAAUCGGAUGCGUUCAAGGAGUUUGGGGAGAUCAGAAAGGUGCUGAAAGGCGCUGAGAUUAAACAUGUGCGAGUGGAGAAAUGGGAGUGA